GGGGUCCUCUGCAAACGCCCCACCCCCAGAACCUUCAACUGUCAAGCACCAUGCAGGCUACCAGCAUGCUGCACUCUCUAGCAGAGACCGUUUUUGACAAAGGGAUUGCAGCCCACAUAAACCAGAACCGACUCAAGGCCAAGGGCAUGGGCCAGCACCACAACGCCCAGAACUACAACAACCAGAGCUUUGAGGACCUGCGAGCACUCUGCCUACGGAGGGGAGAGCUGUUCGAGGACCCCUUUUUCCCUGCAGAACCCACUUCACUGGGCUUCAAGGAACUGGCACCCAACUCCAAACAUGUGCAGAACAUCAGCUGGCAGCGGCCCAGUCAAAUCACAAGCAAUCCUCAAUUCAUCGUGAAUGGGGUCAGCCCAACUGACAUCUGCCAGGGGGUGCUCGGAGACUGCUGGCUGCUGGCCGCCAUUGGCUCCCUCACCGCGUACCCCAAACUGCUGUCCCGCGUGGUGCCCAAGGGGCAGAGCUUCAAGAAGAACUAUGCCGGGAUCUUCCAUUUUCAGAUCUGGCAGUUUGGGGAGUGGAUGGACGUAGUGGUGGAUGACCGGCUGCCCACAAAGAACGGCAAGCUGGUGUUUGUGCACUCAGCAGAGCGCACAGAGUUCUGGAGCGCCCUGCUGGAGAAGGCAUAUGCCAAGCUGAACGGGUCCUAUGAAGCGCUGUCGGGGGGCAACACAGUGGAAGGCUUUGAGGACUUCACGGGGGGUGUGACACAGAGCUUCCAACUCCAGAAUCCCCCUAGGAACCUGCAGAGGAUGCUUAGGAAGGCCGUAGAGCGAUCUUCCCUCAUGGGCUGCUCCAUCGAGGUCACCAGCGAAAGAGAGCUGGAGUCCUUGACACAGGGUAUGCUGGUGAAAGGACAUGCUUACUCAGUGACGGGCCUCCAGGACGUCUCCUACCAAGGCAGGACAGAAACGCUGAUCCGAGUCCGGAAUCCCUGGGGCCGGAUUGAGUGGAAUGGAGCCUGGAGUGACAACGCCAAGGAGUGGGAGGAGGUGGCCCCAGAUGUCCAGAGGCAGCUGCUGCACCGGAAAGAGGACGGGGAGUUCUGGUCAGUCCCACGCCCAUGCCUGGUGGCCCUGAUGCAGAAGAACUGGAGAAGGACGAGGCCCCACGGAGCCCAGCUGGAGACCAUCGGCUUUGUCAUCUACUCGAUCCCAAAGGAGUUUCAGAACCUCCAGGAUGUCCACUUGAAAAAGGACUUCUUCGUCAAGUACCAGGACCUGGGUUUCUCGGAGAUCUUCACCAACUCAAGGGAGGUGAGCAGCCAGUUCCAGCUGCCCCCAGGGGAGUACAUCAUCAUCCCCUCCACCUUUGAGCCGCACAAGGACGCCGACUUCCUGCUUCGGGUCUUCACUGAGAAGCACAGCGAGACCUGGGAACUGGAUGAAGCCAACUACGCUGAGCUUCUCCAAGAGGAGAGGAUCUCUGAGAAUGACAUAGACCCGGACUUCAUACGUUUGUUUCACAUAGUGGCAGGUGGAGAGGGCAAGGAGAUAGGCAAGUAUGAGCUACAGAAGCUGCUCAACAAGGUGGUCUCCAGAUUCAAAAACUUAAAAACCAAUGGCUUCAGCCUGGACGUGUGCCGCUGCAUGAUCAACCUCUUGGAUAAAGAUGGCUCUGGCAAACUGGGGCUUCGGGAGUUUCAGGUUCUAUGGAGAAAAAUCAAGAAAUGGACGGACAUCUUCCGAGAGUGUGACCAGGACCAGUCAGGCACCUUGAACUCCUAUGAGAUGCGCUUGGCAAUUGAGAAAGCAGGCAUCAAACUGAACAACAAGGUGAUACAGGUGCUGGUGGCUAGGUAUGCGAAUGACGACUUGAUCAUGGACUUUGACAGCUUCAUCAGCUGUUUCCUGAGGCUGAAGGCCAUGUUCACGUACUUUCUAACCAUGGACCCUAAGAACACCGGCCAGAUUUCCCUGGACCUGAACCAGUGGCUGGAAAUAACUAUGUGGGGUUAGAGUGACUGCAGGAGCCCGACUUCCUUCCACCACCAGCACCAUCAGCACCACCACCAGCCCCCAGGGCUUCUGGCCUGGGGUCGGUGUACUCCCUGUGGCACUCAGCUCUGCGUCUCUGCUGAUGGAAUGGACCCCGGAUGCCAGGCUUACUCCAUCAGCGGGCCUCCGGGCCCAUCCUCCCCAUUCAAAGUGUUUUUCUUUUACCCCAACCAGACUUCCGGUGGCUGGAUUUACUCCACAGUUUCCUCCCUCUCCAAGCAUAUUUCACUACAGGUUAAGUGACACUUUCCCCAGUGUCCCCGGCUGGGGAGGUGGUCCACGCUCUCCACCCUGUUCAGGCUCCCCUGUUUCACGGCCCCUCCCUCCUCCCCCUCACUGGGUGUGGGGGGCAUUAUUAUAAUGAACAACACAUGCCA